AUGAAGCUUUGGAGAGAUUCAAGGAGUAUAACAAGGAGCUGCCCUAAUCAUGGCUUUUCAGAAGGUAACCUUUGGAACAUCUUUUACAAUGGGAUUGAUCACAAAUACAAGCUUUCUCUGGAUACCGCGAGCAAUGGUAACUUCAUGACCAAGUCGGUGCCGGAGGCAAAGCUUUUGAUUGAGAAUCUCGCUGCUAGUGAUGCCAAUGCAUGCCCUGACUACAAUAGAAGCGUGAAGACCACGAGCUCAUCAGAAUCAGCUCAAAUCUCGGAGCUAAAGAACAUGGUCUCACAACUACUCAAAAGCCGGCAAGGAGUUCACGCCAUUGAAGAUGCCCUAGCCACAAAUGAAGACACUCUUAUGGACUUCAUAGGAGAUGCCACUGAAGAGAACAUAGAGGAGGUCAACUACAUUGGAGGAAACUAUGGGAAUAGAGGAUUCAAUAACCAUUUCGAGCUCAUCCAAACCUAUCAUACCGGAGCAACAAUGUGGAGAAUCCAAUGA